CAAUCCCCUCAGUCAAAGCCAUAAAAACUAUUGUUUAUAAAACUUGCGAUACAAAAUGCCACCACUACAGCAACUCGUCUCGGAGGUCGAAGAUGCACUCGCACCUACGCCUCGUACUGAGAAUGUGCCACUUUUCGUCUAUGGAACGUUAAUGACAGGUUUACCAAACCACAACCUGUUCAACCUCAGCGUUAAUUCACUGUCUAUCCAGCCUGCCACCCUUCCCGGUCAUCAAAUGUACUCGCUCAACGAUUGGUACCCCGUUAUCCUUCCCUCUUCUCAGCCCAAGGACGUUGUGUACGGCGAAAUUAUCACGCUAAAACCCGCCGUUCACAACAGUUUGAUCAUGAAAUUGGAUGGGCUGGAAGGAUAUCGCGGUGAUGACGACCCUUCUAGCUCUUACGUACGAAGGAAAGCAAUGGCGAGGACCAAAGAUGGUCAGGAAGUGGCGGUAGAAUACUAUAGAUGGAAUCAGCCUUUAAGUGAGUACUGUUCACGGGUAGUGCAUGGCGACUGGAAGCGGUUAAUCCGAGAGAUGAAAGAGGGGUAGCUGUUGCGUUCGUUCCUGUAAAGUUAGCAGCCUUUCUACUGUUCCCUGAAUCUGCAUGGCUGCAUUCAUCAAAAAUAUCGUACACACACUGCUCGCAAUUUGUAUCCGUGGCAGACGAGGCAACAGCUGCAUCCCAAAUAGAUUACAUUAAAGAACA